GUCAUAGCAGUGUUGUUUGCAUGUGUGUAUGUAUCGUGAGAGAGUGUUAAGUGUGAACAUGGUUUUUGGAAUGACAUCAAGUUAUAUAUGCUCAAGUCCUUGUAAAAUUUUGUUCUGCUUGGUUGUGACUGCUGUGUUUGGACCUUCUUCAUGUCUUUAUGAAGAUCAGAUUGGAAAGUUCGACUGGAAACAGUCAUACGUUGGGAAGCUGAAGUUUGCAGAAUUUGAUGUGAAUUUGUCUCUUAGGAGAAUAUUUGUAGCUACAGAGGAAAAUGUUGUUGCUGCACUGAACUCAAAAUCAGGUCAAAUUUUAUGGCGACAAGUUCUGGAGAAGGGUGGACAAGGUGAUAUCCACUUUUUGGGUGUGGAUGGGUCUGCUGUGGUGACAGUAAGUGGAGACAAGGUUUUGACUUUAAGAGGCUGGGAUCAAAAUGCUGGUUACCUCCUGUGGGAAUGGCCAUUACCUUUGCAACUCUCUCUGGACAGGUUAAAAGUUAGCAGAUGGUUUGUAAACUCUGGAAAUCUAUACCACAUGGAACCAGAGGCUCAAAAACAAGUAACGGUAACAGUGUUCAAACUUGUAACAGGGGCAAAGUUUGGUGGUAGUAAACUUCAAUCACCAUGGCUUGGGGACGACUCUAGGUGUACAGUGACUUCAACGUACCUGGCUUGUGUGGGUGCUGUUGAUGGAAGAGUUUAUUCAUCAAAUCUUAUGCUGUCUGAGGCAGCUGAUGAAGUUGCUGCAGGGCCUAUAGCGCAAAUGACGAUGCUAACAUCUCUUGGAGAGUUAAGAGACCUGCGUGCAGUGCCUGGAGUGAGACCAAUGUUGUUGGCUGUGGACAAGCUGGGUAGUACUGCCGUGAUUGCAGUGGGACCUAAAGGUUUAUCUGUCCUUGAUUACAAACUCACUCAACCAGUAGAAUUUGUUGCAAGUGCUGUGGGAGAUGAUGGUGAUGUUUUGCUGCAUCUUCUUCCUCAAAGUAGUGAAAUUUUGGCAGUAACUGCAUUGAAUAUUGAUAAUGGAAAGCAAGUGGCAGACUUAACGUCCCAGUUAAAAUAUCCAGUUGGAGUUGGUAAACCUGCAAUGGUUCAAGCUGCAUGUGCUCCUCGGAGAGAGAGAGGAGUUGGAUGCCGCUUUCUGAUUCAGACAGAAGACAAUGCAGUCAUUCUUCUCCACCAUCCUGGAAAAAUGCUUUGGGUGCGUGAAGAAGCAUUAACAUCUGUUGUGGCUGUGGAAAUGUUGGAUUUGCCUGUUUCUGACACUGAUGCUGCAAUAGAAAAGGAAUUUGAUAAUAAAGAAUUGGACUUUGGUGUCUCAUCUGGCUCACUGGGGAUGUUCGUGCAUCGUCUCAUAAGUCAAACACUUCAACUGCGGAGUUUCAUUAUGACCCUUCUGGGAUUUGGAUCACCACCAUCAGCUGGACAAAGGGCAGGACUUGUGAGAGAUGAAUUCAAUCUGCAUAAAAUAAUUGUCGUCGUCACAUCUGUUGGAAAGGUGUUUGGAAUUGAUAAUUUAAGUGGUGAAAUCAUUUGGAAGCGAUACCUAGAAGAUGUGACUACUUUCACAUCUCCAAGCCAGCCCAUGCUGCUGUUUGUCCAGAGAACAACACGACAUUUCCCUUAUCCUGCACAGUGUGCUCUUGUUGCAAAACAUAAGGUUACAGGAGAAGGUGUACUGUUCACCUUCAACCCAUUCAGUGGUCAAGGAAUGGUUAGUAAUGAUGGCAUACAACUGCUUGGCUACCGUGUGCGUCAGGCACUCUUGCUUCCAGUUAAUGAUGAAAACUUUCUUCGAGCAUUGUUACUGUUUGAUGAGAAGGAGAAAUUACAUUCGUAUCCUGACACUGGAAAACAAGUGGCAGCCCAGAUUGCGCACACAACUUUCUUAUUCACAGCGGAACCUAACACUGGCACUCUGACAGGAUAUUCUCUUGGAUUCAGCACAGCUGAGGGUCUUGUGGCUACUGCAGUGUGGGAGGUCAAGCUUUGUGUUGACAGUCCACAGAAAGUGAUAGCCGUCGUAGGUAAGAAUCCUGGGGAGAGAGUUCACUCACAAGGUCGCGUCCUUGCUGAUCGCAGUGUGCUGUACAAAUACAUCAAUCCCAAUCUUGUUGCCGUUGCUACACAGGGCUUUGAUCCUGUGCAGAAGUAUAUACUGAACAUCUACUUAGUAGAUGCUGUAUCAGGUGCAGUUGUUUUUUCUGCGUCCCAUAAAAGAGCGCGAGAACCAGUGUACGUAGUACAUUCAGAGAACUGGGUACUUUACAGUUACUUCAGUGAAAAGUCUCGACGGACUGAGGUUGUCACCCUUGAAUUGUAUGAAGGAAAGGUGCAAAGCAAUACAACAGCAUUUUCAUCUCUGUCUGCUCCAAUUCAGCCAAUUGUGGACAGGCAAGCAUAUAUUUUACCGGGUAAUAUUGAAGCACUGAAAGAGACAAUAACUGAAAAAGGCAUCACCAGCAAACAUAUUCUUGUUGCUUUAGCUACUGGUGGAAUUCUGGAACUGCCAUGGUUGUUUGUUGAUCCUCGCCGGCCUGUCACUGUUACUUCAGAAAUGAGGGAAGAAGGCGUCAUUCCAUAUAUGCCCGAACUACCUAUUCCACCAGAUGCUAUCAUCAAUUAUAAUCAAACACUCCAAAGAAUAAGGGGCAUCCACACUGCUCCAAGUGGCCUUGAAUCAACUUGCCUUAUAUUAGCAUAUGGGCUAGAUUUGUUUUACACUCGUGUUGCUCCUUCGAAAACAUUUGAUCUUCUGAAGGAAGAUUUUGAUCAUUUACUUAUCACCGCAGUUCUGUUAGGGCUGGCUGUAGCGUCAUAUGUGACAAAGAAGCUGGCAUCAAGAAAGGCUCUGAAGCUGGCGUGGAAAUAAUAAUUUAAAACACAAUGAACUGGUGUUUCAGUAAACUGUUUAACCGUAAUGAACUGAAUUAAUUGAUUACCUCCAUACAAAUAUGGACUUAAUGUUGUUGUGCAACUUCUGUGAUUUCAUUGACCAACAUCUCAGUAUUUCUUUAUAAGAUUACUUACUGUACUUCACUGUUAUCAAUGGUGUACAUAAUGUAAGAUAUUUAUAUUGAAUAUUUUAAUUUAUUCAAGUUGUUGAAUUAGUGUGCAUCUGCCAUCACAUGUUUGUGUACACAACUGUAGCUACACCUUGUUUUGUUAUGUUUGUGAAUAUAUGUUUUUUUUAUGUGGUAUGUGUUGUCUUUAUUUUUUCUAUUCAUCACAUUGUGCCACUUCAGAAGUUGAAAACAAAAUAUUUACCAAGAUUCUGCAUCCAGUGUGUAAAAUAAUGUGGUUAUGAUCCAGGAAGGAUUGACUUCUACAAUUUCUGACUCCAUUAUACAGACUGAAGUGUACAUAUCUUGUCAAUUAAAUUUCUUAUGUAAUG